AUGAUGCAUUACUUGAACUUACCAUUAGCAGAGAAAUGCACCGAAUUCUCAUUUAUGAGAGGCAGUUUAACUGCUACACUGUUAACCGAACUGAUGGACAAAAUACCGGUGUCGAAGCGACUUGAAAUUGAUUCAGAUAUUCCAAUAGAUUUUAAGCAUCAGAAUGCCUUGAAAUACUAUGUCACUAGAUAUAACAAUGGUAGAUGGAUAACUCUGAAUGAUCUGAAAUCAAUAAGAAAUGUUGGUUGGAUAGAGUUAAAGUCCACAAUUUUCGAUUGCUCUGAUGUCAACCAAUUUUUGAAUUAUUGGGUGAACUGUGAAGAGGAUAUGCUGGAAUUACUGAAGUUGAAAUUGAAAGAAGGCGCAAUAAUCGACAAAGAUGUUCUUACUGAUCAACUCAUCACUGUGCAUGUCGAAGGGGCCAGUUCUACUGAUUUUUUCAUAAAAGCAAAGAAUCACAAACACAGGAAAUUCGUAUUAGGUCAUUUGGAAAUAGGUGAAGGCAACUCAGUCGGAUUCUCUGCUUGGGAGGCUAUGGGAGAGUCAACGCAUCUUUUUGAAAUUCUCGAGUUGCUCGAGAGGAAAAAGGAGUUGGAAGAAGAAAUAUCAAUGAUAGAGAAUCGAGAAAAUCAGGUCGAUAUUUCUGAUUUCUCAGAAGAAAUGAGACAAAAAAAUUAUAAAUAUGAGGAACUACGGCGUUUGAAAGUAAAGAAUGAGUUAUAUCCACGUAUCCCCAAAAGACCAAAGUCUCGUACCGCCAGCAGCAUUAUUCUUCGAGGAGCUAACGAUACUAUGCUUGACGAGAUGGAACGAUCAAUUCACGACUCUCUUUGCGUUGUUCGUAGAGUGUUGGAGAGUAAGAAACUUGUCGCUGGAGGAGGUGCUGUUGAGACUUCUCUCAGUCUUUUCCUCGAAACAUUUGCUCAAACAUUGUCUUCUCGUGAACAACUCGCCGUUGCUGAAUAUGCUUCUGCUCUUCUGAUCAUUCCAAAGGUUUUGGCCAGCAAUGCUGCCAGAGAUUCAACUGAUUUGGUCACGAAACUCCGUGCUUAUCAUUCAAAGGCUCAACUUAUCCCACAACUUCAACAUCUCAAAUGGGCAGGUUUGGAUCUCGAAAAUGGAUCUAUUCGUGAUAACAAGGAAGCCGGAGUUUUGGAGCCAGCUCUUAGCAAGGUCAAAUCUUUGAAAUUCGCCACUGAAGCUGCAAUCACGAUAUUGCGUAUCGAUGACCUCAUUAAGCUUGACAAGCAAGAGCCAGCUGGAGGACAUGAUGAUUGCCACGCCUAA